AUGGCUGCCGAGAUCUGGGCUAACAUCAAGGAGAUGUAUGGGAAGCUCGAUCUUGCCAAAUUCUUCACUGUCCAACAGCGCCUCAUCGAACUCAAGCAAGGGAAUAACUCGGUCGCCACUUAUUCAAUCGGCUCUCUGCUGUUUGGAAUGAGAAAUAAUGAAGAGAACAUCCAUACACUAAAAGAACAUCUCAAUAGACACUUUCGUAUAAAAGAUCUGGGGGAGCCUAAAUAUUUCUUGGGGAUAGAGAUCGCACGAUCUCCAGCAGGGAUAUCUCUUAGUCAACGAAAGUAUGUUCUUGAGCUUGUGUCAGAAUCUGGCUUAUCUGCAUGCAAACCGAGCGCCAUUCCUGUUGAACAAAAUACUAAGCUCACCACCCAGCAAUAUGAUCAUGCGACAUCAUCUUCAAAAGAUGAUCCUCCAUUGGAAGAUCCAUCUCACUAUCAGAAGCUUGUGGGAAGAUUGAUUUAUCUCACCAUGACACGUCCUGAUAUAAGCUAUGCUGUUCACAUUUUGAGUCAAUUUAUGCAUGGGCCAAAACAGUCUCAUAUGGAUGCAGCAAUUAAAGUACUAAAAUACUUGAAAGGAUGUCCUGGCCUGGGACUUCUGUUACCAAGAGAUGGAAAUCUGGAUGUCACCGCAUAUUGUGAUUCUGAUUGGGGUACAUGCCCUAUGACGAGAAAGUCACUCACUGGGUUCUGUAUUAAAAUUGGAGGAUCACUUAUCUCCUGGAAAACAAAGAAGCAGUCAACGAUCUCACUUUCCUCAGCAGAAGCAGAAUACAGGGCCAUGGCAAAAACAACUUGUGAGAUUGUUUGGAUCCUUGGAUUACUGAGAGAUUUAGAGGUACAAACAGGAAAACCUGUCACUUUGUAUUGUGACAAUAAAGCUGCUAAUGACAUCGCAGCAAAUCCGGUAUUCCAUGAAAGGACUAAGCAUAUAGAAAUUGACUGUCAUUUUGUUAGAGAGAAGAUUCAAGAAGGGAUUAUCAAGACCAUGCACAUCAGGACUGCAGAACAACCAGCAGACAUUUUCACGAAACCUCUAUGUAGUCGUCAGCAUUCAUAUUUACUACACAAGCUAGGAGUUUUCGACAUCUACAAACCAUCAGCUUGA